UGCUCGUGGGCCACAAAUAUCUCGCAAAACCGGUAAAUCGAAAUUCCAAUCACAGUCGAACUCGAAAGCUCUAGAAUAUUACGCACUAUUUUGAUUUGAGGUUAUGUAAUUUAAUGUGUAUUUAACGUCUAAUUGUAAUUGGAAAAAAAAUCUUUCGCAUUUCGUAAAUAGUACACUAAAAUGUGUACUGCUUAAAGUUAAAUACAAUAGAGAGAAACCCGAGUUCUAAACACAGCAACUGGCUUGAAGCAGGUAUGGAAGCAGAAUCAGCCAACAUUUUACAGCAAGUUAUUCGAAAUAGUGACCAGUUUCCGGUCAAAUUUCCCAUUGAUGCAGUGCGGUGUGCAUCUUUGAUACGCAAGUCGGCUGAGUUGCCUGCUGUCCUAAAUGAGUUUUCUAGGUCAGCAUACCCAGUUUUACAUGAGUCUGUUCUCCCGUUAUAUGAUAAUUUUUUGAUGUACAAAAAGAGUCAUGGUUCUGAAGAAGAAAAACGCUUGUAUGUCAGCAUGACCGUUGUAGAACUGGUGGAUCGUCUGCUAAAUAAACGUGCUGUAGCAUUCUUAAAUCCGUGUGAUUCCUAUCUUUUAGUUGAUGGUCGUCGUGGCAAUGGUGAUUGGGAUGACAUAGGGAAGGAAGGCUCAAAUUCCUCUUUACGUUUGGCUGACUGUUUGAGCUAUGACGAAAUGAAGCUGUCAGCUUUUUUGUCAGUCUCGUCGUACAGUUACUUCAUAAAUAAUGGUAACAGGAACAAUGUGGGCAUACCAGCUAAAGAUAUGCAAAGCGUGGAAAAAACGGGAGUUGUUAUUGGUUUGAUUGGAGCACGAUUUGAGCGUCCAGAGAAAAUGGAUUGGGAAGAAGUGAUGGUCACAAGGGAACAGAAUGUAGUGCAGAAAGGCUAUGGUUCCCACGAGCUUGCAGCAAAGCCAAAGUAUUUCUGGCGAAAGCUGUGGUGUGAAUUUUAUAAUUUGGGCUCAUGCCUUCCUUUGUACUCUGAGGUAGAAAGCGGCUUGAACAAGAGUGAGACCAAUCGCUACGAGAGGUUGCGAUUCAGCGGCAAUUACUUUGACAACACAGUAUUUGCCUGUCGUUUGGCCAUGUCUUUCGAAACACUUUUGAUAGAAGCCCAGCACCGUGCCCAGUUAGCAGACAAGUACGCUUACAUACACGUUGUGGGCAUUGGGUUGGGUGUGUGGAUGAUUUCAAGUCACCAGCAGAAAAUUUUCCUGGAUUCGUUCGCUGGUUGUUUGAGAAGAUUGUUGCCGGUUUUACAAAAUGUAGCAGACGUCAACUUUGCGUGGUUCACGGAAAGCACAGUUGGGGGGGUACCACACGGUGGAUAUUUUCGUUCAAGUGAACACGCAAGAGGCAUACAAGUUCACUUUUCCAGGAGAAACCCUCAUGAUAAACUAGAGGACCCGCACUGUGAUAACUCGCACUGUGAUAAACUACUUGUGGUCUCGUACGCUUGGGACAGCAAUGCCCUUCCAGGAAAUGAAUUUUGGUUGGGAAUGUUGGCGGCCUCAGGAGACCCGGCGGAAGCGUGCUCCAGUCAGAUUGCAGAGCUCCAUAACUCGCACAUUAAUAACACGUAUGUGUGUGGGUCUAAUCUGCACAUUGCGACUAGAAAAUGGGGGGUGUUGCGUAUGGACCAGUUUGCACUCAAAUCUUUGUAGUAGUAACAGUUCUGCAUUUUGUAGGGUGAUUUACUUACCAUAUAAUCAGUUCGCAUACUAGGUGCUAUUUUUUUUCUAGAAUACUGGAGGUCAAGAUUGUAAUGGUGUGACUUUUGUGGCAUAUAUUUUAAUGAAAUACUUGUUUCUUAUUUAUUGUAAAGUAAAGUGAUUUUUUCGUGUGAUGGGGAACAUUCAGUAUUUUUUAUGAUCUCAUACUGUUCUACCAGAAUUUAUACUGAAGAAUUUUUAGUAAAAAUAUUUCAGCAGUAAGAACUUUAGAUGUAGGAGAGGUUAUUUUUUCACAGUUUCUGACAAGUAGGAAUUUCCAUGCAUCUUCACCUCUGUAUCACAUUGUACAACUACACUACUGAAACGUGCAAACCUCACCAAAUCAUGCAUUGUGUGCCACAUGGCAGUAUCAGGUUGACGUAGUCUGAUACAGCCGUCAUAAAAGAGGUGAGAGCUAAUUCCUGCCAAGCGAGUCUUACCCAGAGACGUUUAGCUCCAUCUUUUUGAAGACCUUUAAAUGAGUUAAUUGUUUAACAUAAUUUUCAUGUUUUUCAGUUGUAUUUUAGUUUUUGCAACACAAACACAUUUUUUUACUGGCAGUCUUGGUUCAAAAUCAAAGUAUUUUCAUUCCAAUACCUCACACGUGAAUGUUUCAUUAAUAUUAACCUUCCGAUAGGCGCACCCAUGUUUCAAACAUGGAUUGGCGCAAUGCACCUGUGAGGUGCUCCUCCUAUUUCCACCAACAUAAAUCCCCACUACUGAAGAGUUUCAUUACAAUACCAUGUAAAUUUGAACUGUAUAUAUGUAAAGAUUUAAAAUGUAAAUUUAAAAUUUAUUUAACAUAAGAAUCUUCAUAAUUUAUUGUUAAUAUUACCACAGUAUAAAUGCAUAAAAAAUCCAAAACAAUAGCUGUAGAUCAGUAACAAAUAAAUUCAGGUAUAAUAUUUUAAAAUUAUUUUUCAGUAUUUAAAUAAAACAUAAUUUAGUGAGAUAUGUUAUGAAAUAUGUAAGUUCUUAUAUUUCGAUUAAUUCCAUGCAUUAUUUACACUUCUUAUUUGGUACAUACACAAUCCAAAUCUUUGUGAAAUUAAUAGGUAAUAUACAAACUUUUCUUCUCGUAUAAAUGAGUCCAGAUGGAAAUAUGUUUUAAAGUAAAAUAGCAUGAUAAAAUGAAAAAACAAAAGCACUAAAAAUUCAGAGAACACAUAAAAUAUAAAAAUUGCAGACACUGUUUGUUUUUCAGCUGUCUUUUUUUCACCAACUCACAGGCCUUUUGCACUUAUUCACUAUCAACUUCCAAACCAUCAUCUGCAGAAGAUGUCUUACAUUCAUAACAAUCUUUGCAAAUAAUAGUGACAUGACUCAAACACAAAUAUUUGCCACAAGUAGCGCAACAAUAUUUGGUAUUUUUGCGUUGUUUGUCUUCGCGACAAGGCUCACACAAUUUCCUUUUAUUGUUUUGGUCGUUCAUCUCUUGUGAUUUGCUGUUCGAUUCCCUACACUUGAGAGGCUGCUUGGUUACUUCUGUCAAUCUGUGCCGAAGUGGUAUGUGUAAAUUCUGUUUUUCAGCACUGCGUCGUGUCAUUUCUUCUGAAACAAGACCUUUGGCAAGUUGGCGUAAAAAUGUCCUGCGGUUGGCUACAACAUAACCGUUUCCAGAGUAAAUGACUUGUGCGUUGAUACCGGCCACAUUGAGCAUAGCAAAAAAUAUUACCAAAGGCCACCGCCGAGCAUUUCUCGCCACGUUAUACGUUGCACACAAUUUAUCCACCGUAUCCACACCACCUUUAGUUUCAUUGUAAAAUGUUACGAUGUCCGGUUUUUUUGAAGGCCCAGUAGAAUCAUCGAUUGCAUUGUCAAAAUGAAGGCUGGAUAUGAGAAUACAUUUUUGUUUUUCCUAGGAACAUAGGAAACUAAAGUCCCUUCUUUUCUGAAUCCAAAUAUACUGGACUUUUCACUUAUGUUAGCCAUGUGUUUGACUACGUCAGGGAUUUGCCAUUUAUUUUUUUUCAGUGUGGCAACAAGGGAUAGUUUUUUAUCGGCCAGAUCACUCAAAAGUGGAACAUCACUGAACCAAUUAUCAGUAGUAACAUUUCGUCCUGAGUUGACUAUGGGCGAUACCAUCCUAUGAACAACAUCUGUACAAUGAUUACUGACAGCAUGCGGUCCAUCUGGUUGUUUCCCAGCAUAUACUUCCAUGUUGAAAGUGUAAUACAUUUUGGAAUCUACAAGUGCAAAGAUCUUGAUUCCAUAUUUGGCAGGUUUUGAGGGAAUGUACUGGCGGAAACCGCAACGACCCCGAAAUGCUUCUAAUUUUUCAUCAAGUGUGACAUUCUCUCCAAGAGAGUAACUUUUCUGGCAAUUAGCAACAAAUGUUUCAAAACAUUCUCGUAUUGGUGCAAUUCGAUCUAGUUCUUUCCUUUCAUUUCUCGUCUCUUUGUUGUCAAAUCGAAUACACCUCAUCAAAAAUCGGAAGCGUUUUAAGGACAUGGUGAGCCUAAAUGUUUCAACACCAUCCCCAGAGGGAUCCCAAAGGUCUUCUAAGUUCAGGCGUGACCCACGAUACACACCAGCUAGGUACAACAAACCCAUAAAAGCCUUCAUCUCUAUUACAUCCGUCGAACGUGCAUCUCUGAGGCGAUUAAAUUGAGGUCUUACAAGUUCAAUAUGUUGGUUUGUCCAUGCAACAACAGAGUCGAGUAUUGACUCAUCAAAAAUAAUAAGCCAGGUAUCUAAAAUGGUUUCAGCAUUCAUUGCUGUUCCUAUAACCCCAGGGAUGUGUAAUAACAAAUUUUGCUUACCUCUUCUCCUCUUGUUCGGACAUGGGCAUUUGUUCCAUUGGUACGAAUCGACGAUCUUACCAUUUUUCUUAUGGUUUGCCAUGUAGUAAGAUGCAUUACCGGGAUCAUCACCAUCUGAUUCAUUACAGCUUUGCUCAGUGUCUGAAUUUUCCUCUCGCUCGUGUAUCUGAUCUUCACUAUCAGAAUCAGAUUGUUCUCCAAAGUCCUCAUCUCCCGAAGUAUCAUCAAACAGCAUACAUUGGAUUUUCUUGACGUCUUCAGGAUUAUCCAAGUUAAAAUUAUUUUUUUCCCAGCCAUCCUGAAACACAUAUUGUAAAACAAACACAUGAAGUCGCGUCACACCUACUAGGUGAUUCUAUUUUUUCAGUAGUUAAUGUUAAAUUCACAAUCUUAGCUAAUAAGUGUGUAAUUGAAUAGAAUUAAUAAGCAAUUUGGUGAAGAUAGCAAUUGAAAAUAUCAUAGUCGAAAAACUUACGUCAGUAGUCGCGCUGCACCUGCAGGGUGAAAAUGGCUGCCACAGCCUUGAAGUAACUCCGUCAACAGUCAUGCAUGAACUAACCAGAGAAGAAACAAAAGUUAGGAAGCUAGACGAUAGACACCCCCUCCCCGACACACGACCUCGUGCAGGGAACAUAAACAAGAUAAGAAUGCACCUGUCAGGCGCGCGCGCCUAACGGAAGGUUAAGGAAUCCAUUGUGAUAAAUUGUACAGUAUUAAAAUAUUACAUUUUGAUCAUUAAAUAUUUGUCAAAUUAAGUUAGAUUAGUUAUUUAUAUAUUGAAAUAUGUGUAUAAUAGCAGUAAUAAUGUUAUCAACUACAUAAAAAAUAUUCUCUUGGGCAUAAAUCUUAUGGUGGAAGUGUGUGUAUAUGUAGCAUCUUCUCAGUAGUUUGAGUCUUCCAUUAGUUUUAAGUGAAUAUUUAUAAUGUAAAGGAAUACUAAGUGCCUAUUUCAUAUUUAUUGUGUCAAUGCAUUUUAAAUAUAAUCCAAUUACAUUAAUUGAAUUCCUAAUAUUUGCUAAUGUAAUUUUACAAACCCUGUGCAAAUAUUCAUUUUCAGUUUGAAUCAAAUUAGAAUUCCAUUAUCACAAUAUUCUAAGCUACAAAUAUUAAAUUCAAAUAGUACCUAACGAUAGGAAACCUUUUUUGAAAACCUUCUCAAUGAUAUUUUGAAUGUGAUAUGUUAACAAUGACUUGUAGGUUCUUUUGUGCAACUGCUGUGGUAAAUUUCAUGUAAUGGUUAUAAUUAUAUAAACACAACUAAAAACAUAAUGUUUUGAGGUUUUUCCAGUGUUCACAAAAUUAUUUUUGCUCACUUGUUUUCAACUUAACAAAAAUUUCUGAUCGUAAACUGUCAUGCAAACUGAUAUUUAUCCUAUCUGCUGUUCAUUUGUAUGUGUUUAAAAAGGCUGUGGCUAUUUUAAUUUGCCCCUAAAUAGAGUUAAACUUUGUAUACUCACGUUUACAUUGUAAAAAAAAAAAAAAAAGCUCAAUCUCGUUGUUGAUAGUUACACGGUGGAUGUGAUGUACAACAGCUUGACUACAUUUUAAAUAAAUUUAAACAUUCAUUAUUUAGAGUGUAAGUAUGUGGAGACAAACGAAAUAAGGAUAAUGAAUUAUUUUUUUUUUGGUAUUUUAAAUUCUGAAUAUGUAUUAGCACAGGCCUGCUAUUUGCCAGUGUCUUCUCAUAGCUCUAUAUAUUCUUAUAUACUCUUGUCCUCCAAUGACACAGUUCCUGUCGCAACAGUUACUUGAUAGUUUGGUUGCCGUAGUCACCCCAGCUCCUCGCUGCUCUUGCUGCGAUGCCUUGGCCCACAGCCAGCAAGGACGCGGACGCAGGUCUGGACGGUCGGAAUUCGUUGCCUGUCGUCGUUCACAGUUCCAGGUGGUUAUAGUAACUCACUUGGAAUUCAUCGCAUUUCAUUGGCUACUUGUUUACUGAAAUGGAUAAGCUUUGUGAUAUAGUAGUUUUGUGAUAAGAGUUUAUCUCUUGUGAUUUGCCAAACUUGGGAAACAGAAGGUACAGGUAUCUGGUGUUAUGGAAUAUGCUGGAUAUUAAUUACCACCCAAUUUGUAUGAAUGUUUCAAGUGUGUGCGUGCAUCCAUGUGUAUAGUAACCUUGCUUAUUAGUUCGUGAGAAUAGUAGUUGUUUCAUUGUUUCGUUUAUAAAAAAAAAUUUAUCAAUAUAUAUGUCUUCAUGUCAAAAAUGUGUUUGAUUUUUAUUGUAUUCAUUUGGUUUUGUCUUUUUUUGUGUCAUGUAUCUUUAAAAGUCUGUACUAUUGUAAUCAUUCACAACAUUCUGUUUUUUAACUGAACAUUUAUAAUUAAAUCAGAUGUAGUUUAUUCUUUUGUGUUAAUUGUGGCAUAAUAAAUUGUUUAUGUACCUUUGUUAAAAAGAGAAAUGCAUUAAAAUUAUAAUGUGUUUAAGAAUUCAUGAGUUGCCAAAUAUUUUAAGACAGUAGAAGUUAAUGAGAGAUAUUUGUUAAUAAUUAUAAAUGUUGCUAGUAAUUUUAAUUAAGCUUCUUCUUUGAUCUGCAUCUUUUGAGUAGCAAUAUCAAACAACAAAAUGUACUUUUUUUUUUUCAUUUCUUUCAAAGAAAAAAUAAACAACUGAAUUUAUUGCUG